AUGUUAGUAGAACUUGGAGACGCGAUUUCGACCGCAUCAACUUUGCCGUCCGAAGAUGCAACCAGCACUGAUUUUACCGUGAAGGUAAUUUUUGGUGUCGAUGGAGUUAAUCGUCAGACUCGCCGCUUUCUGCUCCAUCACUUGAUCAACGACAAGUCGGGGAAGGUAUCGCUGGAGACGCUCGGCAGUUUGUUCAUGGAAGCUACGGGAAAAAUUCUGCCACGCCCUUUGUAUUACACCGACUGCGAUGGAGACGUUGCUGCUGUGUCCACUCCGAGGGAACUGCACGAUGCUAUCGCUCAGUGUUUGGACAAGAAACGCCUACUCUUGUUUGAAAAAGAGCCAAAAGUUCAAGAAAAUCAGACGUACGAGCCAACUGCGGCAGCCAAACUAAGCGAGUUGAUGAACGCUGCACCCGGGGUACAAUGGCGUAGUCUUCGACCGAGCUGA